GCAUAGUAACGAGAGUGGGCGGGCCAAGAGGCUGCAAGGCUCCGCCUCCCUUUCCCAUCUGGGUGCUGCUGGCUUCGGACGGGAGGAGAGCAAGGGAAGGGGGGCAGUCAUUUAUGCAGAGAAGGGAAGAGAGAGAGGGCUGCCUUUUCCCACUCACACUCCAACAUUUAUACACUGAAAAGGGUGGCCGGAGGGAGCGGGGGAGGACUCUCACCCUGGCACUGCGCACCCAAUACUGUGGAGUUGGAGCAAAAGACAAACCCGUUAGCACUUGGCAGCAAGAGCGGACUGGAGUCAAAGUGCAAAGCGAGAGCCCGGGCACGGAAUAGUACAAGUACCUUCUACCUCUUCUACCUUCAGCUCCUGGCAACUUUUCUCAGCAGCUCUGCCCUGCCAACCUCUGGAUUUGCCCUCACCUGCCCGAGUUUCUGGAAUAACAGGGGGGCUUGUUUUUUAAGGGGCAGCGGGGCGCAACAUGGCAAGUAAGUGGCUCCCCAGGAGAUGUCCGCUCGUCGCCCUGACCGUGCUGCUGGGAAUCCUGAUACCACCGUGCAGGGCUCGCAUGUUCACUAACCACUGGGCUGUGAGGAUAGCAGGGGGGGAAACCGAAGCCAACAGGAUAGCGAGCAAAUACGGAUACACCAACAUGGGACAGAUUGGAGCACUCCAAGAUUACUACCACUUUUUUCACAGUAAAACCAUCAAGAGGUCCAUUCUAUCCAGCCGAGGUACACACAGCUUCAUUUCUAUGGAACCAAAGGUGGAAUGGAUUCAACAGCAGGUGGUCAAAAAGAGGAUAAAGAGGGAUUAUAAACCUACUAACACUCAAUCCACUUUUUUCAAUGAUCCCAAGUGGCCAAGCAUGUGGUAUAUGCAUUGCAGCGAAAACGUCCAUCACUGCCAGUCAGACAUGAAUAUUGUAGGAGCCUGGAAGAGGGGAUACACUGGCAAAAAUGUUGUAGUUACUAUCUUGGAUGAUGGAAUUGAAAGAAACCACCCUGACCUGAUGCAGAAUUAUGAUGCUCAGGCCAGCACAGACAUCAAUGGCAACGACUUUGAUCCUAUGCCUCGAUAUGACGCAAGCAAUGAAAACAAGCAUGGGACUCGUUGUGCUGGAGAAGUGGCAGCUACUGCAAACAACUCACACUGUACUGUAGGAAUUGCUUUUAAUGCCAAAAUAGGAGGAGUGCGCAUGCUGGACGGAGAUGUAACUGACAUGGUGGAAGCAAAAUCUCUCAGCUUGAACCCACAACAUGUCCACAUCUAUAGUGCCAGCUGGGGCCCAGAUGAUGAUGGUAAAACAGUUGAUGGACCUGCGUCAUUAGCCCGGGAGGCUUUUGAAAACGGCAUCAGAACCGGAAGAAGAGGAUUUGGUUCAGUUUAUGUGUGGGCAUCAGGCAAUGGUGGCAGGAGCCGAGACCACUGUUCUUGUGAUGGUUACACAAACAGCAUAUACACAAUCUCUAUUAGCAGCACAACAGAAAGUGGCAAGAAGCCAUGGUAUCUGGAAGAAUGUGCAUCAACUCUUGCAACUACUUACAGCAGUGGGGAAUCCUAUGACAGAAAAGUGAUCACCACAGAUCUCCGACAACGAUGCACAGACAGCCAUACAGGAACAUCUGCAUCAGCUCCAAUGGCUGCAGGAAUCAUAGCUCUUGCACUAGAAGCAAACCCAUUUUUAACAUGGAGAGAUGUGCAGCAUAUUAUUGUUAGGACCUCUCGCCAACGACAUCUGAAUGCCCCCGACUGGAAGACAAAUGCUGCAGGAUACAAGGUGAGCCAUCUGUAUGGAUUUGGUUUGAUGGACGCAGAAGCCAUGGUGAUAGAAGCAGAGAAAUGGACAACAGUCCCUGCACAGCACAUAUGCGUGGAGAACACAGACAGACAGAUCAAGACCAUACGGCCAGAUAAUGUUGUCCGUUCAGUAUAUAAAGCAACUGGCUGUGCUGAUAACACCAAUCACCACGUGGUUUAUUUGGAGCAUGUAGUUGUACGUGUCAGUAUUACACAUCCACGGCGAGGGGACCUUGCAAUUUAUCUGACGUCUCCAUCAGGCACAAGGUCACAGUUGCUGGCUAACCGACUCUUUGACCAUUCUAUGGAAGGCUUUAAGAACUGGGAAUUUAUGACAACACAUUGUUGGGGAGAAAGAGCCUCAGGAGACUGGACUCUGGAAAUAUAUGAUACUCCAUCCCAGUUGAGAAACUUUAAAACACCAGGAAAAUUAAAAGAAUGGUCUUUAGUUCUCUAUGGUACAUCGGUUCAUCCAUACUCCCCUAGAAAUGAUGUCCCCAAGGUGGAAAGAGUACGAUCCAGUCCGAUAGAUGAGCCUUCUGAGGAUUACAGCAUGGAUGACUAUACAGGUCCCUGUGAUGUUGAAUGCAGUAAUGUAGGAUGUGAUGGGCCAGGUCCGGACCACUGUACCGACUGUCUUCACUUUUAUUACAAGGCAAAAAACAACACACGAAUUUGUGUAUCAGACUGUCCCGCUGGUCACUACCUCGCAGACAAAAAAAGAUGCAAAAAAUGUUUCCUGCACUGUGAAUCGUGUGUGGGGAGUCGCAGUGACCAAUGCACAGCAUGCAAACCUGGCUAUUAUUUAAAUGAAGAAAGCAACAGCUGCAUAAUUAACUGCCCAGAAGGCUUCUACCUGAACGAAAAUAAGGUCCUUUGUCGAAAAUGCAAUGAGAACUGCAAGAGCUGCACUUCAGAGCAAACCUGCACUGAAUGCAAACCAGGACUGAGUUUACAAGGAUCAAAGUGUGCCAUGAGUUGUGAAGAUGGGAAAUAUUACAGUGCUCUUAAAAAGGAAUGUGAUCCAUGUCACAGAUCAUGCGCCACAUGUUCAGGACCAGGAAUAGACAACUGCAUAAACUGCACAGAUGGAACAUUAUUUGAAGAUGGAAAAUGUGUGCACAUGUGUAGUUCUGGAUAUUAUCUGACACAAUCAAAAACAAAUGCUUACAAAAUUUGCAAAAAGUGUGAUGCCAGCUGCCUGACGUGCUCCGGCCCAGGAGACAGAAAUUGCACAAGUUGCCUAGAUAACUAUGUCCUGGAAAGCAGUGUCUGUGUAGUGGGAACGAUCUGUAAAGAUGGGGAAUAUAUUGAUGAAACAGGAAGAUGCAAAUUCUGCGACGCCUCCUGUGCUAAGUGUAUUGGUCCUGGCAAAUAUAAUUGUAUCGGCUGUUCCCAAACAAGGAUUUUUGAUAACAAGCAGUGUGUUCUAAGAUGCCCUUCUGGCAAAUUUGAGUCGAACAGACAAUGCCACCAGUGCCACCAUACUUGUCAUGAAUGCAAUGGAAGUGAACCAGAUGAAUGCACCUCCUGUGGCCCAGAUAAAAAUGAAAUAACGCGUUUCCUGUACAACGGGGAAUGCAGAGAGGGUUGCCCUCAGGGUCAUUACGCUGCAGAGAGCACCUGCAUACAGUGCCCACCCAACUGUGACCUGUGUGACAGAGAUUCUACAUGCAUCAGAUGUUUGGAAGGCUUCCAUUUAGACAAAGGCGUCUGCCAGAAGCGAGCAUGUCCUGAAGGAGAAACAGAAGACAUGGACACUGGCAACUGUGUGGCAUGCACAAUAGGGUGCAGCAAAUGCUACACAUAUGAUCCUUCAAGUUGUAUCUCUUGCAUUAAAGGAUAUUAUAUGUAUGAAACGUACUGCUAUGAUGUUUGUCCUGAAAAUACAUACAGUAAUGAUUCUUUAAUGAGCUGCAUUGACUGUGCUGAGACCUGCUUCAGCUGCACAGAAGACCAGUGUAUAGAGUGUGAAGAAGGUUUUUAUCUCCUUGAGGGGGAAUGUGUGACUGACUGUGGACCUGGAUUUUACUCGGAUGAUAUAGACAAAGAAUGUGAUAUUUGCUACAGAGCCUGUGACUCAUGCACAGGGCCAGACUACGAUGAAUGCACGUCUUGCAAAGAUACUUACACACUGCUACAAGGGAAAUGUAUGCCUUAUAAAAAUAGUCCAGAAGAGGGCACUUUUGUGAAUCGUGAAGGAAAAUCUCAACCAUGCAAUUCAGCAUGUAAAACUUGUAAUGGAUCUGCUUCUGCUUGCACAUCAUGUAAACAAGGGACAUAUCUCCAUGAUCGAAGCUGUAUUCCAGAAUGCCCUAAUGGAUUCUUUGAAAAUGAGAAAGAUGGUAGAUGUGAGAAAUGUACAGUAGGCUGUGAGAGGUGCACUGAGGCCAAUGUAUGUCUGCAGUGCUUGGUUGGUUACAAGCAUGAAGGGAAGUGCUACAAGCAGUGCCCAAGCGGCUUCUUUGGCCAUACUGGUGUGUGUGAGAAGUGCAGCUCAGACUGCAAGACUUGUAAGGACAAUGCAGACUACUGUUUAUCAUGUUCUGACCCUAAACUGCUAGAACAAGCCAGAUGCACGAAUGUUUGCUCUGAGAGAUACACGGCUAUCAAUGGGGAGUGCAAACACUGCUCUCAUAACUGUAAAACUUGUACAUCUCUGGACACCUGUUCAGAAUGUAUGCAUGGCUAUUUCCUUUAUGACGGCAAGUGUGUGGAAUAUUGCCCUGAUGGAUAUUAUGAAAACAACGGAAACUGUUUUCAGUGUGAUCCAAUGUGUGCAAAAUGCAGUGGACCUGAUGCUGAUGACUGUGAAGAAUGUUCCAGCAAAAGCUUCUUCCUCUAUAAUGGUGAAUGCUUUGGCACAUGUCCAGAAGGAACUUAUUAUGAACCCAGUACCAAAGAUUGCCAAGACUGUGACACAUCCUGCAAGACUUGCUCCUCCUUUACCACCUGUGAUAGCUGCAGAGAUAAUCUGGUAAAGAACAAAGAAGGUUUCUGUGUGACAUACAAGGACUGCUCUCUGAAUCAGUACCAAGAUGAACAUAAGAACUGUCAUCCAUGUCAUAAGAAGUGUUCUCGAUGCAUGGGAGCUACUGAGCAUCACUGUCUAAACUGUCCCAGCAAUCACUUCCUUUUGAACUCUACCUGUUUUGCAAAAUGCCCAGAAGGAUACUAUACAGAAGAGGAAGAACAUCGCUGUGCUCCGUGCCACAGCACAUGUCUGACCUGCUUUGGAAAGCGUAGCACUCAUUGCCUCUCUUGCAAAACUGACUGGUAUUCCCUGGGCGGUGCCUGCAUGCAGAACUGUAUUAAAGGAUAUUAUGCUGAAAAUUCAACUAGUAAAUGUGAAAAAUGUCACAUGAGUUGUGAAGAAUGUACAGGUCCAGAAGCAUCCAAUUGCCUCUCCUGUCACAAAGACUUCUUCCUAAUGCGUGCCAAACAACAGUGUGUCAGCUCCUGCCCUGAGCAAUAUUAUGAAGACCACACAGUUAGAAGAUGUGAAAGAUGCCAUCCCACCUGCAAAACAUGCACAAGUUUUGGGGCUCUCGCCUGCACAUCUUGCGUUUCGAGCUACCAACUUUUUGGACAUAUUUGUAACUCAGAAUGUCUUGCUGGUGAAUUUAAAGCUAAAGAGGAUCCUGACCAGUCCUGUGAAAAAUGUCAUGAGAGCUGUAUUGAGUGUAAGGGGCCAGGGCCCUUGAAUUGCACAGUGUGCCCAGCCAGUCAAGUGUUGUACGUAGAUGAAGGACGCUGUGUACAUUGCUGCCAUGGGAAUCUGGCUGAAGUUGCCGAGUGCUGUGACUGUUCUGUAACAUUAGAUGAAUGUAUCCUAUUGAAAGGACUUUUAACAGAAUCUGAAGGAAAGCAGAAGACUGCUUUGUUUAUAACUACAUCAAUAUUACUGGUCCUUAGCAUUGGAGCCAUCUUAGUCUAUUGGAAGAGAUCCAAAGCCAAAGUUAAGUCUGUAAGCAAAGCUGGCUAUGAAAAACUUCCUGACCAAACAAAAUCGUUCCAGUCCUUCAAAGGCAGAGAGAGGACUUCAAGCUUCCAAAGGGAUCAGGUCAUUGAAUACCAUGACCGUGAGGAGGAAGAUGAAGAUGAAGAUGAUGAUGAUGACAUCGUAUAUAUGGGCCAAGAUGGAACAGUCUAUCGGAAAUUUAAAUAUGGACUUUUAGAAGACGAGGAGGAAGAUGAUUUAGAAUAUGAUGAUGAAAGCUAUUCAUUUCGAUAAUUCACUGUAAUAUUUUUCAAAGAAGCUCUUUUGUCGGUUAGAAAAAAAGAACUGGAAAUACUUGGGAGAAGUGGACAACCAAAGCAAAAACGAUUUUCCUAAGUGCAAACCACAACAAUAGUUGGAUACUUUAACAAAAUUAAUAAACUCAGCUUGUUUUUGACAUAUUUCCUCGACUGUAAUGAACAUGUUAUAUUUUUGCACUAUCCUAAGCUUUGCACCUAAGUGAGACUUACUAGACUAGCAUCAUAGUCAUCAGGGUUGUUUUCUACCUCUUGCCUUUGUUGUAUAGCUGGGAACCAUAAAUCAAAGCUCCCCUCAUUGCACCAAUAGAAUAGUUUGUUCUUAGUCCACCACUCAUAUAAUUUUCCCACUGCUUAGUUAUGGUCAUAGCCAAACUGUGCACUUGUGCUCUUUCUCAAUCUGUGCUGGAAAACAACAUGGAGAUCAGAAUAGAAAUACAACAACAAGUUUGUUGUAAAGAUUUAAUGUUUAUGUUUUCAAAUUAAGUAGCACAAUUGAUAUUUUUUUUAUGGUACCCAAAACCCACAUAUUUGCCUGAUCCUGCAACAGCUGUACCCACAACCUGUCCCCAAUGCUAAAACAAUGGUAAGUGCAUUAGACGACCAGGAGGAAGGCUGAAAUAGCAGGUGACAGUCUGGACCUGAUCUGGCCUGUAAUUUAAUCUCAGCAGUGGGGGUACCCAACCUGUUACAGGAUUGUGUGUCUUGUGGUAAGAUUCUUCAAGAAUAGCAUUCAGCUGUAUAGAAUAAAUUAAUACAUAUAUAUCUCCAAAGCUAAUUAGGAAAGGUGCAAUGCAACAGCAUCAAUUAUUUAUGGAAACACUCCUUUUUCUUAUUUUAAUAUGCACUAUAUGGUUGGGGUAACGCAAUCGGACAUUAUAGUUUGUGGAUUAUUGUCUUGACUAGCGAUUGGGUGUUGCAUUUUUUCACUCAAAAUGCAUUGAAGUCAAUGCACUUUUUUCUCUGCAAUUUUUCUGUGGUUUCACAGAAAAAUGAGCUGAUGAAGAAACAUAGAAUUUAUGUGAAUCCAUGUCUGGUUAAAAAUUUCACUAAUUACUAGGAAUUAAAUGUGUGGUUUAGCAAGUCACAUGCUAGUUGAGAAUACUUUGAAAAACAUACUGGUAUUUUGUCCUACACUAAACAUACAGAGUAUUUACAAUAUUUUUUACAUGAGAUUUUUAUAGCAAAUUUUUUCCCAAAUCUUCGGGAUCUUGCUUGUGUAGGUUAUUGUGUGUUAUUUUAAUUAUUGGUAGUGGAAAUGUGUUCUGUGCUUUUCUGUACUCAAAAUAUCAUGCUGCUAUCUACAGUACACACUGUCAUAUGUGUGCCACACUACUGUAUUUUAUUGGAAGUAACAAUGAUAUUGUCAGACUACAGUCUAACUACUUGCUUUACUACAGUCAGUGCUGACCUGAACAAAACUAAUUUAUUUUAGUCAUGUGUUUUAAUUUGUAUUUGUUUCACAGUAAUAGUAACCUCCCCAGCCCAAUUCCUUUUUUGCAUUAUAUUAUUAUCCGUCAUGAUGUGAUUCCUACUUUGUUUUCAUACUGAACGAACUAGAAAGAAACUGCUCAACAGAGUGAAGAAGGACAGCAUUUUAAAAUGAAAAUUAAUGUAUGAAUGCAGGGUUUAAUCUGUGCUUUGUUGAAAAUAUUUUGUGUACAUAUUUUUAACCCAAAUAAUGGCACCUAAUAUAAUGAUUAGAAUAAUUCUAUAUUGAAAAUAAAUGUCGGAAAUGUAUUACCUUAUGAUCAUGUAAAGCCUGUUUUUGACUCAAUUAUUUUGAAGAUGAUACACUGAGAAACUUGUAACUCACAAGUAAUUAAAAUAUAAUUUAAUUAAGUUUUCCAAACAUUGUGAUCCAGUAGGAUUGCUAUAUUUGCCAUUUUUAAAGGUCUCCCAACCAACAGUUAGCCAAGGAUUUGGCAGGUUUGAAAUCCUAUAAGUCUAGGAGUGCUUUUGUCUUUUAAUGCAAUUUUUUCUUGACACAGACCUGCACUAUGAUCUGAUCACUGGCCUGUGGACAAAGCUGUUGGAUUAGCGAGACUGGCCCAGCAUGUGGGUGGCAAUAUUGGGGAAAGAUCUGCUAGUCUGACACCUUGUCAAACAAGCAGAACUUUACAUGUACACUCAGCUUUAGAAAACUUCUGGGAGGAAAUGCGGGCAUUUAAAGAGCAAGUACAAAUAAAGAAAUUAAAACUGUCAUGAAUCUGGGAAAAAUGUAAUGUUUUGUAAUAAAGCAUAUAAGUGAUUGCAAAAGUAUUUAUUAAAAUAUCAAUUUAAUAGAAGGAGAACAUUCAUAAAAAUACUAUCCAUUAAACCUUCAUGCGCUGGUGAAAGAACUGAAGGUAAAACAAAUAAAA